CCUAUAGGUAGGCGGUGUAGUACUCAGUAUAUUCACUUUGACAUUUCAGUCUGACCGGGGGUAUUUCUGGGUUUACUGUCUAGACGUAUACGCAACAUGGCAUUACAGUGAGUAAGAGCCUUACAACCUAAUAGACUUUAAAGGGCAUAGAGUAUGUCUUGCACUGUAUAAAGCCAUCACAUCCACUGCUAAAAUGCAGUAAUUACUUCUUUAGAAGCAUUAUCAAAGACUGCACCCAGAUGCAUGAGCGUUGGGUAAAAAUAAUAAUUUUGAGUUUUUUCUGCAAGUUUUUCCAUCUAGAUGCCAUGCUAAGAGUUAAAAUCUAAAUGGGCUAAGAUUUUUCGUGGGUUAAAGCACUACACGUUAAGAUUACUCUCCAAAGCUGAAGUGUCACUGGCCAAAUGACUUAAGGUAAUCAGAUGAAUAAACAAGGUAUUAAUAGGGAAGGGUGUUCAGGAGGGGAAUAGGUCAGUCAAGGCAAAGAAGCAAUGGCUCUUCUCAGAAAAUAGAGCUUACGUGGUAACGUCACAACAACACACUCUGAUGGUAUAUAUACAGAGUAACAGCAAGAUCGAUAUUACGACUAUCGAAGGUCUUAACUGACUCAGUGGCAAACUGUUAAGCCAUAUUUUCCUCCUAAAACAGUGAGAUUGAAGCUAAACCAUGCUGGCAACCAGGACUUUGCUGUCAAAACAAACACUGGCUGUGCUUUCUCGCCAGCCUGCCUGCUUUGUUCACCACGGUGACUAUGGCAACUGGGGAAACACCAAUAUUGCAGUGGUUUUCUCAGGAUGUGGCUGGUGGGAUGGGACUGAUGUCCAUGAGGGAGUAUACACCAUGUACCACCUGAGCCGUAACGGUGCUCGCUUCCAGAUGUUUGCUCCAAAUCAGCAGCAGAUGCAUGUGAUGGACCACAUGAAAAAGCAGCCUGCCAGUAGCGAGAACCGAAACAUGAUGAUGGAGUCGGCUCGCUUCAGUCAUGGUCAAGGAAUGGCGCAAAUGCAAGACCUGUCCAAGCUGGAUGUCAACAGCUUUGAUGCUGUCAUCUUUCCUGGAGGCCACGGUGUCACCAAGAAUCUCUCCUCUUUUGUGAAGGAUGGCAAAGACUGCAAGCUGCACAGUGAUGUGGAAAGGGUGCUUAAAGAUUUCCACCGUUCACGCAAGCCUAUUGGACUGGCCAGCAUGGCUCCUGUGCUGGCCUGCCGUGUGCUGCCCGGCAUUGAGGUGACCAUGGGGUAUGAACGGGAUGACAGCACUCGCUGGGGGAACUGGCCUUACACAAACAUGGUCCAGGCUGUGAAGAACAUGGGCGCUCGCCACAAUGGCCGUGAGCCAUAUGAAGCCUAUGUGGAUGAGAAGAACAAAGUGGUCAGCACCCCUUCCUUCAUGUGGGAAACAGAGUAUCACUACCACUAUAUAUUUGAUGGUAUUGGAAAUAUGGUGAAACAUGUCAUGCGUAUGUCAACCAAGUGAUGUGACAUUUUAAGCCUUGAAAAGAAAUAGAAGAAGUUGGUGUUGAUGUACAACAUACACCUCUGUAUUGUGAUGAAUUCUUAUCUGAAACAAUAUAAAUGCUUUAGCUAAAGAGCAA